AGAAAGAGAGGGAGAUAUUGGCCUCUAAAUCUGAAGUCAGCCACCUCAAAUUUGGAGGCUGGCAAUGUCGUCUCGCUCACUGUUGUUGGCCUGAGAGAGAGAGAGAGGUGAGGAGAGCCGACGAGACGAAGCCAACAACGAUGGAGCAUGAAGGAGGGAUAGGGACGCAGAGGAUGAAUGAUGGCGGUGUGGACUUUGUCGCCGACGUUGGUGGAUGUGGCGCGGAGCAGCGGUCUGGAAGAGAAGACUUAGAUGUUUGUUCUGUCGAUUUUUUAUUCUGGCUGUCAAAAGCACAUUGGGUCGGGAUACUUAGGUGGAUUACUUACCUGGCAUCCCCGUGCCUGGAAAGUUUUUCUCCUCCAUGUCAUGCAAAGCGUUGGAUUCACCAAGAGUGGAGCUCGGUAUAUACAUCCAACGGACCAGAACGACUUAUCGCCACCUACAUAAGCAAAGCCCACUUUUCCUCGCUGAAAAAACCCUAAACCCUAAACCCCCUCCAAUUUCAGCUCUUCUUCCCUCUCUAUACAACGCCGAUACUGACUGUUUUAGAGAAACUAGGAGAGGGUUCCACGGAUAAAGUUGAAGCUCGAAACGCCUGCGUUUCGACUGCUCGAUGGCGCUUUACCUGCUCUAUGAAGCAGCUUCAGGCUACUCUCUGUUCCUAGCUCAUGGCAUCGACGAAAUCGGUCAGAACACCGACGCGGUUCGGAGCUCCGUUUCUGACCUAAACCGGUUCGGGAAGGUGGUCCAGCUCACAGCUUUCCACCCAUUUGAGUCUGCCCUCGAUGCCCUUAACCAAUGCAACUCAAUCUCUGAAGGGGUUAUGACUGAUGAGUUGAGAAACUUUUUGGAAAUUAAUCUCCCAAAAGUGAAGGAUGGUAAGAAGCCAAAGUUCAGUUUGGGGUUGGCUGAACCUAAGAUCGGGUCUCAUAUCUUUGAAGCGACAAAAAUUCCUUGCCAAAGUAAUGAUUUUGUCCUUGAGCUGAUUCGUGGAGUGCGGCUACAUUUUGAUAGGUUUAUCAAGGACCUAAAGCCUGGGGACUUAGAGAAAGCCCAGCUUGGUCUAGGGCACAGUUACAGCAGGGCCAAGGUCAAGUUCAAUGUGAACCGAGUUGACAAUAUGGUGAUUCAAGCAAUCUUCCUUCUAGAUACCCUUGAUAAGGAUGUCAAUUCCUUCUCCAUGAGAGUCAGAGAAUGGUACUCUUGGCAUUUUCCUGAAUUGGUGAAGAUUGUCAAUGACAAUUAUCUCUAUGCUAAAGUGUCAAAAUUUAUAGAAGACAAGUCAACAUUGUCUGAAGACAAACUUCCAGAAUUGACUGACAUUGUUGGAGAUGAAGAUAAGGCAAAGGAGAUUAUAGAAGCUGCCAAAGCAUCCAUGGGUCAGGAUUUGUCUCCAAUUGACUUGAUUAAUGUUCAGCAAUUUGCACAGAGGGUGAUGGAUCUAUCUGAGUACAGGAAAAGGCUUUAUGAUUAUCUGGUUACUAAAAUGAAUGACAUUGCACCCAAUUUGGCCUCCUUAAUUGGUGAAGUAGUUGGAGCGCGUUUGAUUUCUCAUGCUGGUAGUCUUACAAAUUUGGCUAAAUGCCCUUCUUCUACCCUUCAGAUCCUCGGCGCAGAGAAAGCUCUCUUCAGGGCAUUAAAAACCAGGGGAAACACACCCAAAUAUGGACUGAUAUUUCAUUCAUCUUUUAUUGGUCGAGCAUCUGCAAGGAACAAGGGCCGAAUGGCUCGUUAUCUUGCAAACAAGUGCUCUAUUGCUUCUCGCAUUGAUUGCUUUGCAGAUAGUAGCACUACUGUUUUUGGGGAGAAACUUCGUGAGCAAGUUGAGGAGCGACUUGACUUUUACGACAAGGGUGUUGCACCUCGCAAAAACAUUGAUGUCAUGAAAUCUGCAAUCGAGAAUACUCAAAGCAAAGACACAGAGAUGGAGACAGAAGACGUUCCUACUGAAGCUUCAGGGAAGAAAAGCAAGAAGAAGAAGUCAAAGGCUGCAGCUAAUGGUGAUGAUAUGGCUGUGGAUGAACCAGCUGAGACUACAAAUGGAGAUGCCGGUGAGGGUAAAUCUGAAAAGAAGAAGAAGAAGAAGGACAAGCGGAAGUUGGAUCAGGAGGAUCAACCCAUGGAGGAUGCGAAUAAUGGGCAUGUUGAGGAGGAUGGAGCAGCCAAACAGAAGAAAAAGAAGAAGAGUAAACAUGAAAAUGGAGAGGAUCUACAGGCUGCCAGCGAUGUCAAGAAGAAGAAGAAAAAAUCAAGAAGUGAAGACACCGACUAAAUUUUGACGAAUGUUCUGGUGCUUGAGGGACAUGUGGAUAUAUCCUGGGUUGUUGCCCUUAUGCUGUUUUGUUCUACAGUUUCUUGGUAGCGUUUUAUGUUAUCAAUAUGAACCAUGUUGAACACUCCCCUAUGUACCUUUCUAGUUGCACUUUCUCUUAAUUUGAAUUUAUUUUUAACAUCUGUGUUCUGCGGAUUUGGCAAUGGUUGUGAUCUUAGGAUCAUAUUAUAGUUGUGCAGAAUAGAAAUUGUAGUACAAUGUAGGCUUUUGACGAUUUUCACGUUCUAUAAAGCUGUUUGUGGU